AUGUCCAACCCUCCUGCUCGUGCAGGCCCUGUCAGGCGACGCUCAUCUUUCGCAUAUGAUCCUGCCCGCGACAUCUUCAAGGAGCUGCCCGACACCAUAGCGGAAGCCGCGAUUGCCGAAGACGCAGAAGAGAACUCGAAGGACAAUGUGGCCGUGACAUCGAGUCCAAACGGCCACGACAGUGCGAAUGAUCAGAGCCGAAAGCGGAGGAGAUCGACCUCAGUUGCCGCAGAAGCCGAGGGCAAAGUUACAACAGCUGAAAAGGAUGAUGGGCAGAAGAAGGAGUCCCCCGAGGUCAACAAGCGACGGCGCACUUCAGGCUCGUCGCCGAACGCAGAGAGACCUUCACCGCAGUCACGGGCAAAUGGAGCUGACAAGGACAAACCAGCCCCAAGAACACCGGCAGACUUGCCCCGAAUUCCACGUAAAUCGAGAGAGGAAGGCGAAAUCUCUACAUCACAGCCAGUCCCGUCGGCGUUCAGUCGGCGGCCAGAGCGUGAGGAUACGCGAAGAAAUGGCAAUGUCCGUAGAAGAUCUCGAUCUCCUCGCCGACGGUCUCCCGCGAGCCUGUACAACCGCCGCCGGUCUCCGCCACGGGAACGCCGCAGAUCGCCUUCUCCGAUACGAGACUCUCCUCCUCGUGAAUUCAUUCGUCCCGGCGGCGCUCGUGGUCGAGGCCGCAAUGUGCUUGCUGAACAACAACGUCUGGCCGCCCUGCGAGAACAGCAGAACGGAGACCUAGCCACUCAGACCAAUCGGGGUGUGCAAGAAGUCUCGAACCAAUUCUACAACGCACGACCCGAGUGGGUGAAGGAACGUGGACGCGAGUGGCGCAAGAAUGAGUCGCAAAUCAAAGGCCUACGAAGUUUCAACAACUGGGUCAAAUCCGUGCUCAUCCAGAAAUUCAGCCCAGAGGAAAAAGGAGAGGUCGAGGAGCUCGGUUGGGGCGAAGAGGCCAAGGAACCCGAGAGGCAGAAACCGCUUCUUGUGCUCGACAUCGGCUGCGGCAAAGGUGGUGAUCUCGGCAAAUGGCAAUUGGCGCCCCAGACCGUCGGACUGUACGUUGGCCUUGAUCCUGCCGAACUGAGUAUCCAACAGGCACGCGAACGGUAUCAGCAGAUGCGACGUGGUCGUCGGCCGAUCUUCGAUGCUCGGUUUAUUCCGCAAGACUGCUUCGGCGCCUGGAUCGGCGAUGUAGGCAUCGUCCGGGAAGUCGGGAUCGACCCGAACGCCGGGAGUGGACAGCCCAGUCGCUGGGGCGGUGGCGGCUUCGACGUCGUGGCGGCCAUGUUUACCAUGCACUACGCGUUCGAGUCGGAGGAGAAGGUGAAGAUGAUGCUCCGCAACGUGGCAGGCAGCUUGAAAAAGGGAGGCCGCUUCAUUGGCGUCGGGCCAAACAGCGACGUGUGUGCCGAGAACAUUCGCAAGUGGUUCGCCAACAAGGCAGCCAAAAAGGCUCAGGAACCCGCCCAACAAGAGAACGGUACACCAGUGGCAGCAAAUAAGGAAGAAGGUGAGGCUGCGGAGGAAGAAGAAGAAGAAGGUCCGUCGUGGGGCAACUCGCUGUAUCGAGUCCGGUUCCCUGUCGACCCUCUCCGUCCACUACAGCCCGAUGGAUCGUUCCGGCCGCCGUUCUCUUGGAAAUACAUGUACUGGAUGGCCGAGGCCGUGGAUGUCCCCGAAUUCGUCGUGCCGUGGGAGGCCUUCCGUGCGAUCGCCGAGUCGUAUAACCUCGAACAGCGCUAUCGGAAGCCUUUCCCCGAGAUCUGGGAGUCGGAGCGCGGCAAUCGCGAAAUGAUGGCCCUCGCGAACCGCAUGGGAGUAACGAGAGUCGAAGGCGGCGAGCCGGUCUUGUCGAAAGAGGAAAUGGAGGCCGUGGGAUUCUACCAUGCUUUUUGUUUCGUCAAGGUCUGA